AUGGCGCCAACCAGGUUGGCAUCAAAGCCGAUCGGCGUCAAUGAGAACCUUAAUGGCAUUCUUAGCCAUGGUAUUACAACGAGGAGUAAGCAAUUGGCUACUCUGAAAUCAUACAAAGACAGCCUGAAGGCGCCAAACAAAAGAAAAGCUGACAGUCCCGCCAAGGAUAUGACUGCAAAAAGAGCGGCGUUCGGAGAUAUCACAAACGCCUUCAAUAAAUCGUCUGCAAAUAAUGAUAAAGACAAAGGCAUGGCGCUCAAGAAGGUUACAGUUGAAUCAAAAAUGCUACCAAUAGUUAAGAAUAUAAAAAAUCAGACAGCCACAUUAAAUGGAAAAACUUCAAAAACAAAGCAGUUACAAAAAGCAGCAAACAAUGCUUUAGAAUCAGUACAGAAGCAUUUUGCUAAAGAUCCUCCCAAGCCCGUUGCGACCAGAGCUCAGAAUGGCAUACUCAAGAAUGUUGAAAGGAAAUCCUUUGGCAAGGAAAACCAGAACAACAGCCGGGGCUCAGCUAAAUCAACCAGGAGUGAUAUGUCCGGUGACCCCUCAUUAUAUAUGACGGCACUUGAAAACAUUAGUCCAAAUGACGCUACAAAGGAAGAAUGCAAAGUCAUCAGUGAGAAAUUAGAUAAAGUUAACUUGGACGACUCAGUCAACCGUUCUUUGGAUGAGGAGACUGAGACUCCGCACAAGGCACCAGAGGGAGUCGUCGACUUUGACAAAGAAAAUUGGACUGACCCAUUCCAAGUGUCCAAUUAUGCUAUGGAUAUAUUCAACUACUUAAAGAGUAGAGAACGUCUAUUCGUAAUCGAUGACUACCUCCAACGUAUGAAAGGGAUCACGUCGUGGAUGCGCGCGCUGCUCGUCGACUGGAUGGUGGAGGUCCAGGAGAGCUUCGAGCUGAACCACGAGACGCUGUACCUGGCCGUGAAGCUCGUGGACCUGUACCUGACCAAGUCCAGCAGGAUACAACCGGAGAAGGACCAGCUAACUAAAGAAGAACUACAGUUGCUGGGAGCAUCCGCACUAUUCAUCGCUUCAAAGUUCGAUGAGCGUAUCCCGCCGCUGGUGGAUGACUUCCUGUACAUCUGUGACGGAGCAUACUCCCUCAACCAACUGCUGAAGAUGGAAAUGAACAUCCUUAAAGUCAUCGACUUCGACCUCGGCGUGCCGCUGUCCUACCGCUUCCUCAGGAGAUACGCCAGGUGUGCCCGUGUGUCAAUGCCGACGUUGACGCUGGCUCGCUUCGUGUUGGAGCAAUGUCUUCUGGAAUACCCUCUGGUUGGGGAGAGGGACUCGAAAAUGGCGGCCGCCGCGCUGUACAUAGCACUGAGGAUGAAAUCACUGGGAGGAUGGACCCCCACACUGCAGUAUUAUACAGGAUAUACUCUGAAAGAUAUCCUGCCAGUAGCAAUCUUACAAAACGCAGCCCUCCACAAGAAACCCAAGUCAGCUAUCAGUACCGUCCGUAACAAGUAUUCUCACACUAUCUUCUUUGAAGUCGCCAAAGUCAGUCUCGUUGACGACAGCGUACUCAACAGCUGA